ACAUAAUAGGCGUGAUGACAGUUAGUCUUAAACAGAUGCAAAUUCAGUCCUGAUUGCCGAUUGCCUGUACGGAAACUGUUACGCGUAGUUAUGUGUGGAAGAUGUACGAACAAUCGCACACAGCCCACAAAAAGUCGUCGUCUUUUGUAUGUACGUGCUGUGUACGCUGCUGCUAACGACGCUGCGCUGUCUGUUACCGAGUACACAACAUGUAGGGACGACACUAUGUCGACGGCAAGGCAAUCGCAAUUAGAAAAGUUCGGCGCAGCAUCGAUUUUUUCAAAAUACACGCGAUUGAAUUGAAUGUGAAUGGUUGGCCAAAAAAAAAAAAAUAAAUAACAAAAAGGUGCACCAGCCAUCCAAAUAUCCAAAAGCAAAUAGCAAAUAGCAAAUAUCAAAUACCGACUACCCAAUACCCAACACCCAAUAACCAAUACCGAAAACCAAUAUUUGAAAGCUUUCGCCUUAUCGCUGGUCUAGAGCCCCAAAAGCAGAGCCGAAUGCAUUGGAAAAGGAACUGAACCACAACCAGAACCAAAAGCCGGACCUGGAGCAUUGGUGUAAUUCAUUGGAAGCUUACACGCAAAAGAAAUGGACACAUCAAAUGCCAGCAGCGCUAAAUCAAAGACGUCUGCGUCGGCCAGCAGCAGCAGUAGUAUCAAUGGAUUGGGACUAGGAUUGGGAGCUCAAAACAAGCAUAUAUCGUCGCAGGAGAACGCCAACGUUGCUGGCCAGGAUGACAAAAACGAUGCCCAGAUCCAGACCCCGUUGGCAGCAUCAGCAGGAGCAGCAGGAGCAGCAGCAGCGGCAGCGGCGGCAACAGCAGCCGGAACAGUCCUGACGGUAGUCGGUCACGACCGGAAUUCGAGCAAGAGCACUGCUCCACAAUCGGCACUGCUGCACCUUCCUCCGCCAACGGCCACCGCCUUAGUUAGCCACCAAGCAAGUGCCAAUAUCUCGGAGCUGCGGGCACGGCCAUCAUUCGUAUCAAAUACCUCAACGACGGAAGGCAAACCGAUGGCCAUACCCUCGGAAUCGGCCUCCUCCACAUCGGAGCCCAGCUGCCCGGCUGUGGUCGCCGCGUCGAUGGCUUCCAGUGCCUGUGACUUUGACUCCGACACGGAGCUCUCGAUUGUGGCCGCCGCAGCGGCGGUUUCGGCCGCAGCCGGCAUAGAUGCCAGGUCGCCCACAUCGCCCACGCCCUCCGCUGCGUCGACAAUAAUGCCCGCCCUGAGUUCCGCUGCCGGAGGAGGCACUGCAGCCUCCCUCUCCCUCGCAACCAUGGCCGGCAGUCAGGGCGGUGGCGGGGGAUUUGGGGCAGGAUCAGGAGCUGUCGGAGCCGGCAAUACGAACGGGCACACCACCUCCAGCAGCAACAGCACUCACCUUAGUCUAAAUGCCAAGCAACAGCGGCAGCAGAAACGUCGGCGGGAACGUGCCCAGCGUUUGCAAGCGGAACGCGACAGUCGAUGCAAUGCCAGUUCGCUCAGCGGCGGCACAUUCAUUGCCGGAUCCGUGGGGGUCAGUGGCAUGAGUGCAGCCAGUGGUGUGAAUGCAGCCGGAGGAGUUGGAGGAGCAGGUCAGGGUGGCCUCAUCACGCCGAGCGGCGGCAACGGCGGCAACGGCGGCGGUGGAUCAUCAUCGGUGGCCAUCGGGAACGGUUUGGCGGCAGGACCUGGCAACAAUGGCAUGAUCUAUCACAUCAAUAGCGCUGGCAGCAUGGGCGAGGACAGCAACAACUCCAAUGGCAACUUCACCAGCAGCAGCAAUGGCAGCAACAAUCUGCUGCCCCCCACAGAUAGUAUUGCAUCGUUACUCCUGAAUCCACCACAUUCCCCCGAGUGCAACUCGGGCCUAAUGGCCACGCCUAGUGAUAGCGAAGGGGAGUCGCUGGACGAGGACCUGCUGUCGACGUCGUCCUCGUCGACGCUGCUUUUGCCACGCGACAAGCCGCCGCCUCGACCACCACCUCCAGUUCGAAGAAAGUUGCCACGAUCUCCCGUACUGGAAGAGGAAAUCAUCGAUGGAUUUGCUAUACUGGAGUUCAAGACAUACGAGGAUCUUGAGUUUGCCAUCAAGUUGGGACAAAAACGCAAGGAAAAGCGCCUUUCUGCAUUGGACGAGCUAACUUGUACCUACAGUAUAGAGGAAAUGAAAAUUCCAAAGGUCAUCGAUACGGGCCAAUCGCAGCAAACAUUGCGUGUCACCAGCCUGUCCACGUUGACUGUAACCAACAACAACAACAACAACAAUAACAACCUGAAGGAAAACCCACAGCCUCUUCACCGUGGUGGCAAUGUCAUUGGCAGCAAUAUCAACAAUAUGGCCAGCAAUGGUCCAAAUGCAAACAGCAAUAGCAACAGCAGCAUGGCUAACGUGGUGUAUCUGUUGCCAUCUGUGAACAUUGGAUCGGUUUUGGAGACGGAAACCGAACCCAUUGACCGGAAUCAUUGGCGAUCCGAAUAUGGGCAACAGCAGGACCAAAUGCAAUCCGACAAUAGCGCAAACAGUAAAAGUAAUAUGAUUAGUGAUGAUAAUCAAAUUAACAAUAGUAGUCACCAAAUAAAUCACGCCUCCAACCAAUCAAACAAACAAGCGGACGCUGCCUGCAAUGCGGCCAAGAUGCAAGUGAACAACAACAGUGCAACUAGUACCAGAUUUUUGGAGAACGACAACGAUUCACUCAUGUUGGAUAUAAGCCUGCCAUCGCUGGGCGUUGGUGCGGCCGCAUCGCAUAAUCAUGACCACAUCGAUGUGGCCAUGAUUCACGCCAGUUGCACUGGCAGCGACACCAAAAAAUCUCACAACUCCCCCGCCACAAGUAACACCGUUGACCAAUUGCAUUCGACAAAAUCGCUGCCCUCGCUCCAGCUCAAUAAUUUAAUAUCAAGUGAUCUUACCGCAACUGCAAACGCAAAUGCAAGCGCAAAUGCAAAUGCAAACGCAAAUGCAAACUCAAACAAUAACCACCUGAGUGUAGGCAAACUUGGAUCGCAAUCGGCACAGGUCGUAAAGAAAUCGAACGGGCUGGAGAACAUCGAAACCGUCACGACAUCUGCGACCUGCCGCUCGCUGGAAAUUCAGGAACUUUCUAAUGCACCAGCGCAGGGUUUUGGGGCCAGUGGCAGUAUAAAAAAGGAGAACGAGCAAAGUGAUCUUUUAAAUGACGCUUCAAUUAAUUGUAGCAGCAACAGCAAAGGAAAUAAUAUCUGUGAUAAUGUCAGCAAUGAUAAAAAGAAUUCUGAACAAAUAUUUGAUAUUGAUAACCCCCCCACGUCUAUGAAUGUUUCAAAUACUUCAACGUGUCAGGAUCGAUCGACUUCCCGCAAGUUAUCCGACCUUCCGCACCAUAAGAAGAAGAGUGCGGCGUGUGGAGAUAAUGGCACCUUUCCGGGAGUACCUUUUACGCCGUCAUUGAGCACAGUGUCUGUGGGCAAUCCAGAAAGCGAUGCAAGUAAAGCUUUAACCAUAAAGAACACUUCUGAGAGUAGUAUACAAGCCAAAGCGGUUCACGCCGGUGCCUCUGUGUCCACAUCUCCGGCGAACGCAGGCGAAUCUGGGAACAGAGAGCUUGGCAUGCUGCAGAAAUCCUCUUCCGAAAAGGCCCAUUAUCCCAGCUUGUGCGUUGCUCCAUCUGUGUCGUCGGUGCAAUUUCCCAACGUUGGAAUAUCAGCUGGAAACGAGAAAAUCGUGUCAACAGUUGCGUCUGAUAUUGAUCAAAAGAUUAUGUUUAAUACCAAGACAAGUGUUUCAAACGGAUUGUCAUCAGGGGUGCAACAACGGUCAAUUGUUCCAUUGAUAUCUGCUGUGCAAUCGCAGUCGCAAUCGCCAGCUACAGCAACACUAAGCAGUCCAUUUAGCGCACACAUUGCAACACCGAAUGCUGGAUUAUCGUUAUUGACUUCGGCUUCAAGUGUGAUUCUAGGCAGCAGCAUAAAAUCAAAUGAUAACUUUGCAAGAAGUAACAACACCAGCAGCAGCACCAGCAGCAGCAACAACACCAACAACAACAACAGUAACAACAACAACAACAUUGGAAGUUCAAACAGUCAGGGAACAAUAUCAACGGUCGGUGGAUUGUCUACAGGCUCGGAAACAGCGAAAAUCAGUUCAGUUGCAAUCUCCUCACCGCCCAAUCCCAUUGUUAAUGGCUUCCUUAGUGUUUAUCCGCCUGCAACGAUUGCGACAUCGUCGGUGACAACGAGUACGUUGCCACGUGUUUCGCCCAAUGCAGCCGCCGCCAAUAAACUAGUGCCACCGGUAUCCACAUCCAUUUCGAUAAACACAAACUAUGUGGGAAUUUCUGGUGGCACAACGUCAGCUUCCGGUAUGGGAAAGGUGGUCUUCGGCACGGGCGGCAAUGCGAUUGUCGGCACGGGAUCUCCGUUGCUUUUUCCAGGAGCACCACCAGCCCCCAUUUCUCAUGUUGCCACUGGCGUGCCAAUGAUCAUCCAAGCCCCUCCGUAUCGAGCACCCUACACGAACUACCCCCUCUACACGCCAUACAGCGGCCUGACGCACGGGUCGUACCUGCCUCCAGUAUUGCCGGUUGCCACCUCCAACAUGCCGCCCACACAGCUCCGCAGCUCGGACAGUCGCAGCAGUCGUGAGUCGCCGGCAGCGCCUUCGAUGAAGCCAGCUUCGUCGAAUAUCGCACUGAAUGUCUCGAUGACACCGACCAUCAUGCGAUCCAUCACGCCACUCAACAAUAGCUGUGCAAUAUCCAGCGGUGCAUCGCAGCCCGUUGUGACCGUCGUCCCUUCGGCGAACUCCAGCGCCGCCCUUUCGCUGAGCAACUCCCAGCACAUGACCCACUCCCAUCAUGUGCCAGUGUAUGCGACAGGUGCGUUCUCCUCUGCGGCGGCCGGGACAAGUACACCGAACUCCUCUGGACUCUCUACGCUGGCAGUGACAUCGCUAUCCACGUCGGCUGCUCCACAACCACCGCACUUCCCGCCGGCCACCCAGAUGCACUCACAGAGUGCAAAUUUCUCAUCGGUGUCGCACUUGCUGACCACGCACUCAAUGCCAGCGCAAAACCAGCCCUUGGUGCGUUGCGGUAACACAUUGUAUUCAUCGUCUGCCGCUGCCGCUGCCGCCGCCGCCGCUGCUGCCUCCUCCAACUUUAGUGCCAGCCCCUCGGUGCUCGCCGUUCAAAGUCUAACGACAGCGGUCACGUCGAGCUCGUCAUCACCAUCGACAUCGUCGUCAUCAUCUGUGAUCCAGAAGGUUAUUUCCCCCAAAGGAGAAUCUCCUUGCAACAAAGAUCGGGAUCCCAGUUACAGUACAAAUAUCAGGUCCCACGGUGCACCAGCAAUAUUGCCUGUCGUGUCCCAAGGCAUUGGUCUGGGCACGUCGUUUUGCGGCAUCCCCCCAAGUCAGUAUGGAGGUACAGGUGCCUCAGUAUUAUCCUCGAGCUCUCCAAUGACGGCAUUGGGCAAUCUCCCCUCCUACUCCUCGAAGGCGGCACUAUGGCUGAACUCAUCUGCCAACGCUGUGGUGACGUCCUGUGCUUCCGCCACGCCCAUUGUGUCGAGCGGAAGUGCCCGUCCGACGCCUCCGCUCUCGAACUGCACCAGCAUGGGCAUUGGCAUGGGCAUGGGCAUGGUGAACCCGGCAUCCACGGCGAGAUCCUCCUGCAAUGCCAUAUCGCCGCUGUCCAUUCCCGCAACUGCUGGCAUUCACGUGUCCGCUGCAAAUCCCACUUUCCAGUCGGCAUCGUCAUACUUCCCAGCACCUCUAGCGCCGCCACCAUCGUCCCCAUCACCAGCCACUUCCUCUGCGGCCAUCAACAGCUCCGCCUCGCCCUUCCCGCCAGUGUCCCACUCGAUGAGCAGUAUUGUAACGACGACGGCGGGGGCUACCACAACGACGGCCUCGUCAGUGACACCGCAGCCCACGGCUGCCGCUAUAUCGAACACUGUUGCCAGCACACCGCAUCCCUUCUCUGCAGAAUCGCUUUUCCAGCCCAGCAAAAAUGAUCAAGCCGAUUUGCUGCGGCGCGAGCUGGACAGCAGGUUCCUGGACAGAUCUGGCUUAGCCGUAACCCCCACACCGCCAUCAUCGACAUAUUUACGAACCGAUCUCCAGCAUCAACAGCACGCACACGCACUGCAUCAGCACCCGCAGCUGCUUCCGCCAGCAUCAGCAUCAGCCUCAGCCUCAUCCACGCCCCUAACAGCCGUGCCGCCCAGCUCUGGACAAAUAUUUCCCCCGCCAUUGUUCAAAGAUCUAUCCAAAAUCUCGUCCGUCGAUCCCCAGUUCUAUCGCACUGGCAUGGGCCUGCCAGCGGGCGGCUACAGUGGCUACACCUCGGCGGGACUCCUGCACAGUGGCUUGGGUGGGCCAACGCCGUUCAUGCCUCCCAACCAUUUGACAUCCUUUGCCCCCAAGAAAACUGGUCGUUGGAAUGCCAUGCAUGUUCGUAUUGCGUGGGAAAUCUAUUACCACCAAAACAAGCAGAGCUCUGAGAAGACAGGAUUUCCGACGGCGUCAUCGAGUGCCCAAUCGAUCAGCGCGCCCAUUCCUCCGGGCAACCUGAUCAGUGGAGGAGCUGGUGGUCUCGCCAGUGGGACCAACCCGCCGGUUAACAAUGUGGCAGCCAUCCCUGCGGUCGGAGGUGGUGUCCUAGUCUCAAAUGGGCCUGCCUCUGUGCUUGGUAUUAAGACAACGCCACAACUGGGUCUCAAUACCACACCGCAGCACAUUCUCCAUCGGCCGGGUGAAAUGCCGCCGUCAGCAGCAUUCGCCGGUGGCUUGCCAGGUCGAUUGGCGUUUGAAACGUCUCCCUUGGCAGCGAGUUUCAUUGGAGCUCCUCCUAGUCAUAUAGGAACCGCAGUUUCCCCCUUCGGACGCUAUGGUAAUCCGUUUGGCUUCACAAGCCUAACACAUUUUGGUGGACACUUGGACUCGUGGAGAACAAACGCAAUGCAGCGGAGUGUGGCCGCCUAUCAUCCCUCCAGUGCUGCGGCAUCUCCCAACUGGCCGGUGAAGUCGGAUCCCGGCCUGGACAAUGCGCGUCGCGAAGCGGAGGAGCGGGAGCGCGAGCUGCGGGACCGUGAGCAGCGGGAACGCGACCGCCAGCGACGCGAGCGGGAGGAGCGGGAGCGCAAGGAGAAGGAGGAGAAGCUGAAGCGGGAGCAACAGGAGCGGGAACGCGAACGGGAACGGGAUCGGAAGGAGCGUGAGCGCGAGCGGAGGGAAAUAGAGCGUCGGGAAAUGGAGCGGGAACGAAUGCUGCAACAGCAGCGGAUAAACGAGAGCAACAAGCAGGCGGCAGUACAAGCGGCGGCUGCUGUGGCCCCGCCUGUGCGCGAUCGCUCGCCUCACCGCAACGUUGGCGAGCUGAACACAGAGAUUCGCAUCAAGGAGGAGCAUCCGCGCACCAAAGACGAGCAGGACGUGAUGCUUUUGCGUGCCUCCGCAGCGGCAGUCGGAGUGGGUGUGGGUGUGGGAGUUGGCGGAGAUCCCCGCUAUCACUCAUCCUCGCUGGCAGCCGCUCAGGCCAAUGCAGCUGCGGCGGCUGCCCAUCAUCAUCAUGCCAACUUCAUGGCAGCCAGUCGCCAUGGAUUACCGCCACCGCCGUCGCACCUCACGCGCACCAUGAUGCCGCCCACUCUGAGUGUCGGCGGACCGAUUGCGCACUUCGGCGCACCAGCGCCGCCAGGCUGGGGCAUCGAUCCGUUCCGCGAUCCCUAUCCCAUUCUGCGCUACAACCCCAUCAUGGAGGCUGCCCUGCGACACGAGGCGGAGGAGCGACAGAAGGCGAUCAACAUCUACGCGGCUCAGUCUGCCGCCCAUUUGCGCAGCAAGGAGCCAAGUCCCAUUCCGCCGUCGGUCGGUGGUUCCCUAGGUCCUCCGCCGCCCCACCACCGGAUGCAAAUAGUGACCAGUGUUGGCUCAGCGGGAGUGCCACAGCCACAGCCACCGCCGAGCCAACAGCAGCAGCAACAGCAGCAGCAGCCACAGCUCUCUGGUGGUGUUGGUGGUGCAAUGGGAAAGAACUCGGGACCGCCGGCACCAGGAAGCAUUCCAGUCCAGCAUAUGAUCAAUGUCGACUCCAUGGGCCAGCAGACAGUGAGCGCCAAGAAGGAGGCGGACCACACGAUGGGCAUGGUGGCUAACGCUGGACUCAGCACAGUACCUGGCGGUGUAAUUGGAAUAUCUCCAGUGUCUUCGGUGGCGCCAAGUCGAUGAUAGGAAAACCAAUCGUCGGUCGUAAAUCGUCAAUCGUCAAUAGUUGCACUAAACCAAAUGUAAAAGCGAAUAAGACAAAGAAAUUUGAAAAAUUUCGAUCACCAGCUCCACCAAAAUGUCAUCAUACGCAGAGUCCCAUCCUUAUUACCUCCUCCCAGCAUCAUUUUGAGCCUGAGAGAACACCAAUGAAUGAAGCGCAACGCUUUUGUAAACUAGAAUUCAUCAAUACAUUACAUUACAUUACAUUCAUUUGUAAAGUGAGGAGAUGCACGAUGAUAAUGAUGAACAUGAUGAUGAACAUAUAGAUGAAGAUGAAAACGAUGAUGCAGAUGCAGAUGAAGACGAUGAUGAAGACGAUGAUGAAGAUGAAGAUGAAGAUGAAGAUGUUUGUGGCAAACAAAAAUCAAAUUAAAAGAGGUUAAGACUUCCUUAUACUUCAGACCUAGCAUUCAACCUAAGCACUGAGUCCCACAUUGGCAAAAUACUUUCCUCGACCUUAAUAUGGUCGGUAGCGCGUUGAAGCGUCAUAAUAAGUAAUAUGAACUUUACUUAUUUUUAAUAAAAUACAAAUACAAAUUACAUGCAUACAAAUAAAUUUAGGUUCGCAAAUUUAGUUUAAGUGUAUUUGUAUUAUUUGUAUAAUAUAUAUAUAUAUAUAUAAGCUUAAGAAACAGCCACGAGACAUGUUGAGCAAGAAAAGUAAUUAUAAUUUGAUUGUACAUAUACUAUAUAUUAUACAAAGAACUCUCAUAGUUAUAUGACAUCAACAUGCAGCCUAUGGAAUCCAAACUAUCAUGCACAUGAUACAUAACUCUAUGUAUAUCAGUGACAGCUUCAUUCCCUUUGUGCAUUACGUGUUUAAGGAGUAAUUAUCAUAUAUGCAAUUUAUGUAAAAAUUGAUAAAACUAAAAAUAGAAUCAUUACAAAAAACAUGUA